UACGCGGUAUCAGCAGAUACCAGCAAUUCAAAAACGCGGUAGAACUUUUUCCUGUUUCUUGCUUGGGGAUUGGUUUUGUUAUACACAAGUGAUGUGUCGUACUAAAAUCAGAAAUUAAGUCACGUCUGUCAUGUCACUUUCUAUGGUGUUUCCUCUCUAGGAUCUUUAUGAAAAACCCCCCACUGAAUUCCCCUCUUUUAUUAAUUCCCUUCUUUUAUUACUUCGAUUUUACGUAGAAUCAUAUCAACCUUUUUUCUAGAUUCAGAUAACAUCAUCUCUACUUAGUUUGAGACAAAUUCCAUAUAACAGUUCUCUUCUUUCACUUUUUUUUUUCCCUGUAAAGUUUGAGUCUUGGUGAUGGCCGUACUUGCUGGGGAUAAUGCGAUUGUUCCACCAUUGAACAGUUUACCGAUUGGGUACCGUUUUAGGCCCACUGAUGAGGAGCUGAUCGAUCAUUAUUUGAGGUUGAAGAUCAAUGGUUUUGAUGAAAAAGUUUGUGUUAUUCGUGAAGUUGAUAUCUGUAAAUUUGAGCCCUGGGACUUGCCUGAUUUGUCUGUGGUAGAGUCAAAUGACAAUGAGUGGUACUACUUCUGUCCCAUAGAUAGGAAGUACCAAAAUGGGCAGCGAUUGAACCGAGCCACAGAACGAGGAUACUGGAAAGCUACUGGUAAAGAUAGAAGCAUAGCCACUAGAAAGGGGGUGAAGAUUGGGAUGAAGAAGACCUUGGUAUACUACAAUGGGCGAGCUCCUGAUGGAAAGAGGAUGCAUUGGGUUAUUCAUGAAUAUCGUGCAACUGACAAGUCAUUGGAUGGUUCACACCCUGGACAGGGAGCCUUUGUGCUUUGUCGUCUCUUUAAGAAGACUGAAUUGAAGCAAGAUGAAAAUGUCGAAAGUUCACACUUGGAUGAAGUUGAACAGUUUGUUUCUUCUACUGCUGUUGGAAAAUCACCUACUGAUGAUGGAUUACCAAAGGCAGUGGCUCCAUCUCCAAUCCUGGAAAGUGAUAGUAAUAUAAGCAAUCCACCAAAGACCUCUGGAGGCGAAACUCAUGGCAAUAUUUGCACUGCUGAUAAUACUGAAGAUCCAAUGUUGGAGAUAACAUCAUUACCACCAGAUCCCGUGUUAGAGAAAUUGUUGGAAAUGUUUUGUGACCCUUCACCAGAGCGUCUUGAUUGGAAAAUCUCCUCCCAGGUGGAGUUUGGAUCUUCUUACUUACAUGCUCCCAUGACCAAUGAGAUCAGCUGUGAUCAAAAGGAUGUCCAGUUUCAGAACACUGUUGAUACUAAUGAGUUUUUUAAUUCAAUUCUUGUCAGCUCUGAUGAGCUUUCCUAUGAAGAUUCUGGACUGGGAUUAAGGUCAGUCCGGUUUGCCUCAAACAGUAUUAAUACUAUAACAAGGGCAUCAGUUAAGGACUCUGGAUCACUUAGUGAGUCGAAGGCACAAGUUAGACAAGAGCCAGUUGGGACAGAUUUAUUUGAACCCGAGCUGCUGUUGGCAAAUCGUGAAGAGACUGCAGCAAUGAGAGAGGUUAAUUCUGUUGCAACCACAGUGGAAGAGGCGUUUGCAACACCUUAUGUUAUCAAUGAUCACUCGAUGGGGAAUCUGGAUUUCCUCAACCCUGGAGAGGUUAUUUUGUCUGCUGGUUCUGGUGGAAUGCAGGUCCACAGCUCACUAAACUCUGAUGAAUCGAGCGGUUAUAGCAAUAUAGGUAAUGAGUCUGGUUUUGGAACCGGAAUAACACUAAGGACUCGGCCGAUGCGUAAAAAACCUGAUUCUGGAACGCAAGGAACUACUGAUAGAAGAAUACGUUACCAAGUGAAACUUCAAGCUGGAAGAGUUGAGUGUCACAAGCCUUCUGAUUAUGAUCAGGGCGGAGCAAAUCAUGAAGAACUGUUAACUGUGUCUGAGAGUGAAAAGUUCUCCACUGAAGACAGUUCUAAUGCUGGCGCUGCUAUCUCCUGUGAUGAAACACAAGAUACCAUGUGCAAAGAAUUUCAAGGGGAUGGUCUAGUGGUUGAAGACUUGAGAGCAAAUGCGAAAGAUACAAUUGAUUUUCCAGUUGCUGAAGUAUCAAAGAGAGCAGCAAUGUCUUCGUUUUCCUUAAGUUUCUACAUAUCCAAGCUGCUCAUGGUUGUAAGUGUGCUCGUAGUCUUCUUGGGUCUUUGGAGAUGCAUUGAGCUGAGAUAGUCUGCAUCCCGAAUGAAGUUUUGUAAAUAAGUUCUUGAUGGAUGAUAGAGGUGCUCGCAGUAGCAUGAACUGGCUUUUAUGUUUUGUUGAUUUUUAUCUGCUUUUUUAUUAUAGCAGAGGAGCUCGAGUUGAGACAACUUGGAAGUUGCUGGUGUAUAUUUUAUGAUUGGCUCGUUUUGUACAUUAGUCUCUCAAGUAGUACUAUGCUGUGUAUGGAGAUCUAAUUUAGACUUUAUCCAAAGAUUUGCAUUUGGCAUAUUGACUUA